UUGGACAUUAUUUUCGCCUCCUUCAUCCGCAACCGAACUGGUGUGCAGGAAAUUCGUGAGUUCCUUGGCGAGAAGGGAUCUCACAUCAAGAUCAUCGCCAAGAUAGAGAACCACCAAGGUGUGAAAAAUUUCGAUGAGAUCGUCCAGGCCGCUGAUGGCGUAAUGGUGGCUCGUGGAGACUUGGGCAUAGAAAUCCCUCCGGAGAAGGUCUUCCUCGCGCAGAAGAUGGCAAUUUCGAGGUGCAACCUUGUCGGCAAGCCAGUCAUCUGUGCCACACAGAUGCUUGAGUCGAUGACCUACAAGCCGCGUGCCACUCGUGCCGAGUCCAGUGAUGUCGCUAAUGCCGUUCUCGAUGGUGCUGACUGUGUUAUGCUCUCCGGUAAGUUCGUCAGGUACCUUCCUGCAAAUGGCCAUUACACAUUACUAAACGACAGUUAA